AUGGCAGGCGUGGCCCGUGGAGAGGUGGGCACGUCGGCGACAAGACGACCACGUGCUGCAUGUCACUCUCGGGCGCGAGGGCCGUGCAAUUCAGCUCGUUCAUCUCCUGCGACAUCUACCGGCAGUUGCCAAACACCAAGCCAAGUCAAAGGGCGCGUUGAGGGGGAGGAUGCCCGACUCAAUCCCAGCGGUACACGGCGAUCGUCGCCGCGCUCGGCCGUCCGUUCUGCUUGGAACAACACGAUGCUACGUAUUAUUCAAAAUACCAUUGAUUCCUUGCCCUGUACUAGUAUGCGACAGUGUGUUGACUCUAAAGUUUGGAAUACACUGAACUUCAGCUCGGCGGAUGCAGUACACGUGGUGGUCGUUCGUCUCGAUGGCCGUCGCCAGCGCGAAGUAGAAGCUCCAGUUGGAUAG